AUGAUCGCGAUGAACACGGCCGAGGGCCGCGCGGCCCCCGGAGUCGUCUCCCGCGCCACGCGCGCGAAGCGAAUCCCCAUGCAGGGUGCAGGCAAGGUGGGCGUCGCCGGCGCGCCCCGCGCGCGCUCCAGGCCCACGCACCAGGUGGCGGCGAAGGCGCAAGACGACGGUGAGGAGUCGGACAACCGCGUCGCGAAGACUGCUGCUGCUGCUGCGGCUGCGGCUGCCUUGGCGUUGACCUCGGUAGCGGCCGUGAGCCCGGCGCUUGCGGCGGGCGCGACCCGGAACGUGGCUAAUGAGAUGAAGGUAAUGAUCCUCCAGCGCGGUGGGGCCAUGCCGGACGUUUCCGCUGAUUACAGCCCCUCUGCCAAGGUGGUGGAGGCGGAGGCCAAGCGCCGGGGCGUGGGCGAGACCGCCGAGCUCCGCCGCGCCCUCUCGGAGCGCACGACUCAAAUCGAGCAGCUCCAGGCGGAGCUCAAGAAGAAGGACGUCGACUGCGACGACCCUAAGGUGGCGGCGGCGGCGGCCAAGCCCAAGGCCAUGCCGCUGCCCCGGGCCGUGGACAGGGCCCCGCCCACGCCGACGACGGUCGCCGCGCCCAGGACGUCGGCCGCGCCGCCCACGGUCUCCGUGCCGGCGGUCACCGUGCCCAAGAUCAACCUGCCGCAGUUCUCCGCGCCCGCGGUGUCCCUGCCCUCGGUCGCCGCCCCGACGGUCGCCUUCACGGGGCCGACGGGCACCGACAGCCUCGUGCAGGGCCUCGGCGCUGUGUCGGUCGGCGGCACGCUCGGCCUGCUCGCGCUGACGAAGCGCCAGGGUGACCUGACGGACCAGAUCGAGGGCCUCAAGGUGGACAUCGAGGAGGUCGAGGCCCGCGCGAUCCGCGAGCGCAAGAGGGUUGAGACCGAGGCCAAGACCAAGAUCGACAACAUGUCGAAGCAGAUGUCGGAGGAGCGCGCCAGGCUCGAGAGCAAGCUGCAGGAGACGCGCGUGGACCUGCUCAACCGCGGGAAGGAGAUCCACCGCCAGGAGCUGGGCCGCCUGAAGGCGGAGGCGACGGUGGAGGAGCUGCAGAACCACAUCGCGGUCGAGGAGCGCAAGAGCGAGCAGACGCGCAAGGAGCUGCGCGCGGCGAUCGAGGAGACGGAGCGCCUGCACGCCAAGGCGACGCGCACGGAGGCCAAGCUGCAGGAGGCGCGCAUGGACAUGCUGGCGCGCGGCAAGGUGCUGCACCGCGAGCAGACGGCGCGGUACGCGGCGGAGGCGGAGCUGGACAAGCUGCGCACGGAGUCGACGGUGACGCAGGAGCGCCUGAGCAAGGCCAUGGCGGACGUCGAGCGCCUGACGAAGAAGUCGACGAACGCCGAGACGAAGCUCCAGGAGGCGCGCAUGCAGCUGAUCAGCCGCGGCAAGGAGCUGCACCGCGAGCAGAUUGCGCGCAUCAACGCGGAGGAGGAGCGCGACAUCCUGCGCCAGGAGAACACGAUCAACAAGGAGCGCCUCGACAUCGCGACGAAGGAGAACGAGCGCCUGCAGAAGCGCGCGACGCGCGCGGAGAGCAGCCUGCAGAAGGCGCGCGUGGACAUGAUUGAGCGCGGCAAGGAGUUCCAGCGCAUCUUCAAGGGCAAGUACGACGCGGACGAGGCGGUGUCGACGCUGACGAAGCAGAUCGCGGCGGCGCAGAAGAAGUACGAGAUCACCGAGCGGGAGCUGCGCGCGGCGUGCGAGGAGGCCGACCAGCUCCUGGUGCGCGCCACGAGCGCCGAGGCCAAGCUGCAGGAGGCGCGCCGCGACCUGAUCAACCGCGGGAAGGAGGUGUACCUGGAGAUGAAGCAGAAGCUCGACGCGCAGGAGACGGUCCGGAAGCUCACCCUCGAGGUGGCCAGCCUCGAGGAGUCGAGCGCCUUCACGCGCGAGGAGCUCCGCGCGGCCCGCGCCGAGAUCGAGAACAUGCGCGCGGCGGCCAAGGUCGCGAACGCGAAGCUGUACGAGGCCCGCUUCAGCAUGAUCUCGCUCAACAAGGAGAACUACAUCCUCAACAAGGCCAAGGAGUCGGCGGAGAACACGGUGCGCAUCAUGGAGGCCGACCUGUUCGAGGCCGAGCGCGACAACCUCAUCACCAACGAGAAGCUCGACGUCGCGCGGGACGAGCUCAAGCGCCUGCGGAACGCCGCGCGCGCCGCCAGCCGCGCGCUCGUCGAGGCGGAGAUCGCCAAGAUCUGA